AUGUCUCCUGUCUUCGUCUGGAAGCCCUUGUACAGGGCUCCUGUACCUCUGCAUCCGUUAGAUGCAGCAGGAAUUAAGGUGCAUUCUCAGGGUAACCCACAAUUUGGCCCUCUGAGGGCCCCUUCCCUCGGCCCACACCAUAUUCUGUCAGGUGUAACCAAAGAGAUACAGCAAGAUGAGGCUCCAAAUAUCUGUCGGAACGUUUGUGGUGGACUUGUAUCCCGAGAGCUGGAAAUGCUGGGCAUAGGAGCCCCAAAGACCCUAGAUGCUUUGGGGUGGGGUAAACUAUUGCACCAAAUGCAGCAGUUGGAGCUCACAAAUACGGCGAAACCAACAGCAGCAACGUCGGGAUCCUCGGACACAGAUGGUGCUAUCGAUUGCAGCAGCAAAAGCAGUGGCUGCGGCGAUAAUACCAGAAAUUUUGAUUCAAUUUCAGGCUUGUGCGAGCUUCUAAUGAAGGCGAUCCCACCGAAAGGCCCUCAGGGCCUUGGAUUUCUUAAGGCACCCCGACGCAGCAAGUGCAUGAUAGAAGCGGACGCAAGGGCAGAACAGAUCCUGAACCCUAUUGUAGCUGCUGAAAGAGCAGACGCAGAAGCAACGGCAGCACCCAAGCAUGAGCAGCACCAGACGCACGGGGAACUUCCCUGCAUGCAGCAAAAACUGCAGCGGCAACAUUCACAAGCGAGCGCAUUCAGUGUUAACGACAUUAUCGAAGGCAGCAACAGUACCAGACACAGCAGCAACGCCUUCGCUGCUCGGCUGCUAGGCAGCGUUGCGGACUACUGGAGAGAGGAAGCAAUACGGGCAUCAGCAUUGGGAUUGCCGCCCCCGUCAGCAUCUGAUUGGGGACCCCAUGCAGGCGGUCGAGACCCUGAGGGGGCGAUUGCUCCAGAGACGUUGAGGAUGGCGCUUCGCGACAUUAUGCAGCGCAUCAACACGUGGAGGCAGCAGCAGCAACAACAGCAGCCGCUGCAGCGAUUUCCAGUCCAGAUGAAUUUUGGUAAAAGUGAUAUGCCACAACCAAAGCACCAGCAGCAGUUGCAGCGGCAGCCCGCCACACCUAUUGUUGGGUGUUGUUUGUCUCAGAACUGGGAGACCUCCCAGGUCUUGGAUGCUUCUAACCCGGACAUGCAGGGUGACGAAUCUGCUUCGAUGGAAUAUGCAGCGGAAGGGCCUCCUGUUGGAGAAAGUUGUGUGCAAUCUUGGGGAACUAGGGAGCGAUGUAUAUCAGGGCUCUCACAGAGACAGCACGAGUCUCUUCGAGGGCUCUGCAGUAGCCAGAUUUCCACGAAUGUUCCACAGUAUCUUAUUGAGGGCCUGCCUCCUUCCCAGAAAGCCUCUGUUGGUCUGCAACCCGCAUCAGAGGCGAUUCUUCCUACUAGUGAAAGCUUCCUGGAUAUUGCAGUGAGCGAGAGCGACGAAACUGAGUGCAGCAGCAGCAGCAAUGACGCCAAAGGUAGCAGCAGCUGCAGUGUGUUGUUAAUGCGCUUCGCCCAUUUUUGUUUUCAGAACAUUGGAGACGAAGCGUUCGCUGCAUUGUUAGCCUCUCAGGGGUCCGUUGGCCCACAUGCAGACGCAGAAUCUCUUGGGGGCGCCUUCGAUGAGCAGCCGGGCUCCAGAAGGGUCCGUGAUCCAGUUGCGGAAGAGGAUCGUGCAUUCUCUGGGGGCAGCAAUGCGGACUGCAGUAGUCUCAGCGACAAUGACUCUCGAAGGCGAAUGAAAAACUCGCAGGAUGCAUCUCCGUCGCCACGCAGGAGACGAGAGACGUCUCCCAGAAUGUGUGCAGACAACAGAUCUGGGCAGUGGACAAGCAGAAGCGGCAAACGAAACGAAUGCUCUAGCUGUGAGCUGUCUAGCGAACGCAAACGCUGCUCUUCGGACUUUGAGGAUUCACUGCAAGCAUGCGAGGCACGGAAGGUCCCAGCUGAGGGAGUUGGCAGGCCGCAUCGUUCCUGCAGCAGCAGCUGCAUAUCUGCAGCGGCCGCUGUUGCUACCUCUUCAGCAGCUCGAAGCAGCCAUUUGGGUAGAAGUCUUUGGGCCCGUCAUGCACAAUAUGCCUCUGCUGGACACAGUGCAGGGUCAAAAGCAACGGCAACGGCAGCACAAGCACAGGUGGCAGCUUCCCCAGUGCCAUCAACGACGUUUGUGACUCGUGUAUCAGCGGUGGCAGCUGAUGGGUCUGAGCCCACAAGCAGCAGCUCAUCGUACACUCCAACAGUGAAGCUGGGGCCUCGGUCGUCUUGUGAGGACCUGUCUCCGACACAGCCUAUGAAAAGCGCACCAAGGUUCCAAGGAAAUUCCCUGCAGGCAGCUCGAGCAACAGUGGCUGCAGCAAGAACGGGAAAAAGUGGCGCUGCAAGAGACGUUCAGAAGAAAGACGACGGACCCUCCAGAAAGAAUGACGACCACAGCAGCAACAGUAGCAGUAACAGCGACCAGUACGGACCAUCAAAAAUUCGUUCACCAGUGGGGGACAGGAAGGAUAAUGCUGCUUCCGAAUCGAAUGAUCCUAUAAUCACAAUCUCUCCAACUCCAGAUGCAGGAACCGAACGGCCGGGCUCUGAGGUCACAGCACUAGAAGCAGCAGAUCAGGAGGAAGAAAUAUACCCGUUCUACAGUAACCCGCGCGACGUACCUUCAGCAAUUAAUCCACUGAAAGCGACGCCAGGAGGCCGGCUACAGCAACAGCAGGGUGGCUUGACUGCGCCAAUGUGCGCAUGCGUUGAAAUAGCGAAAACGAUUACGACGAACGCAACUACAACAGAUGGAGAGUCAUUGGUCUUUGAAAGGGCGGAAUACCAAACUGAGCUCUUGCGCUUUCUUCACCAGCAACAGCGACUGCAGAAGCCUCGUCGGUAUGAGCUGCAGAAGCGACGUCAGCAGCAGAGCAACAGGUGCUGUUUCGUUUACUUCAGGCCACCUCCAGAUGUAGCCCAGGUGUACGCGAGCUGUCCUCUAAGGGUCAGGCGCAAAUGGCAGAGGACUGUACAAAAGCGACUGCAGCAGCAACUGUUGCAGCAGCAGCUGCUGCAACAGCAUCAGCAACAGAGCAGUAGUGCCCAGACGAAACACGGAGCCGCUUUACAUCACGUGAACGAAAAGUGCUGUGAUGGCAAACAACUAUUAGAACUGCAGCAGCAGCAGCAGCAAUCGAGGGAGACGAUAGAGCUGCUUCCAAUACGCCAGCAGCCCAAAGAUCCCAAACCUUCAGACGCAGGGAGCUCUUGUCAAGGAAAGUCUCGAAACAGCGGCAACAACAACAGUGACAGUGACCGAAACAGACCAAAGGCGCGGAUGGCAACUCGGCUGGACAAUCACGGCAGGAUUGUGAGCUAUGUAGCCCCACUACCGCAGCAGAUGGACUCGUCUGCCGUUGCUAUUACGUCUCAAAGCAGCGGCAGUAGCAGCCAGAACGAGCAAUCCUCACAAGUAAGCGUGGCCUCUGAAGUGCUAAGGGCAAAGAAGGGCCUGAGUGAACAGCGAGCGGAAGGGCCAAGGGAUGUCAGAAAUGCCGGCAGGAGCGUCCAAGGGCAUCAAGCAGCAAGCUAUGGGUCGCUCAUAGCUUUGGAGGUCAUCACAGAGUGCCCUGUUGCAACAGCUACAGAGGCAGCUGCAGCAGCAGCAACGCCUAACCCGUCGACAUGUUCAGUGCUGGCUGUCUGCUUUGUUUUAAGGGACGAAAGGUUGCAGCUUUCUGUUGCGAGAUUACAGCAGCAGCAAAAAGAACUGUCCUACUCUGACGUCAACGGUGUUAUCAUAUAUGACCCCGUAGGCUCUACAGGAAGUUCUUGGCAACCACCUUUCUCCGUGGGGUUUUCACAUAAUCCUGGGGAAGACCUUGUAUUGGGGUGUAUUGACAGCUGCGUUGAUAGGAGGUGGUGGCGAUGCGUUGUGACGAGCGAGCGAGAGUUGCUAUUGCAAUUUUGCAGCGUAGUUGCUGCAGCUGACCCGUCCUUAAUGCUGAUGUGGGAAGAGGGAGGGAGAGGUCUGAAGUUUCUAGGAAGGCGGGCUGAUGCACUCGGCAUUGGCCAAUUGUUUAGGACUAGAUGCAGCCGACGGGCGGAUGACGUGUCUUCUGUCUGCAUGUUCGACCCGUUCUCCACUGCUGCUGCUAGUGGGUUCCAAGGGGCACACGCUGCUUUUGAAGCCCCAAGAGCAGCUGGAUCCACCAGAGGCUCGAAGGAGACUGGCGCUGCUAAAAAGCCUGAGGUGCGUCGGAGGCGGCGGUGGGUGCGAGGAGCUUCUGUUGUGCCUGGACGACUUGUGCUUGAAGGCUGGCGUCUAAUGCAGAAAGAGAUGAAGCUACAGCACUCCGACCUGAGCGGAGUUGCUGCAGAUGUACUGGGCGUCAUAGUGCCUUCUAUUCCUCCGAGCGUCGUUGCCGCCACGUGGAAGCAGGCACAGCAGACAAGAAGACGCAAUAAAAUUCUGCAACUGCACCAGCAACAUCAGCAGCAGUGUCAGCAGCGGCAGGACGAAUUGUGGGCUCUGCAGUCGAUUGCCGACCUGUUGGCUUAUGUUAUGAAGAGGGUCUGUUUAUGUGUUCGUCUCAUGGACAGCUGCGAAGUUUUGCCGCGCACUUGCGAGCUUGCUAGACUGUAUGGCUGUUGUCUGCACUCCGCGUUAACUCGAGGCAGCCAAUUCAAGGUUGAAAACAUUCUUUUAAGGGCAACUAAGAGAAUGAACUGCGUCCUAGUAUCUCCUUCCAAGCAGCAGGUAACGGAACAACCUGCUACUGUGGGGGUGCCGCUGGUCUUGGAACCGCUCUCAGGGUUUUACUUCUCGCCUGUUCUAGUCUUGGAUUUUCUUUCGCUCUACCCAUCCAUUGUAAUCGCCAACAACAUCUGCUAUUCCACUUGCCUAGGCUCCGUCGAGGUGGACCCCCUGGAGUCCGAAAUGAAGACUUUGGGUGUCCUAACAGUCCAUACACCACCCCAAAUCUUCGCACAAGUAAUUCAGGCGCAUGCAGAGGCCAAUGCUGCUGGCCCCUUUUCUUGGCCUAGCUCGGGAACCCCUGAAGAAGAACCAAUGCGGGUGCUGCCUGGAGGGAGUAUCUUCGUAUCACGUCGAGUUCGCCAGGGCAUAUUGCCGGCCCUAUUAAACGAUAUCCUACAGACACGUCUAAUGGUCAAGCAAGCAGCGAAACGUUACCAAGGUGAAGGCUAUGCUGAUCAGGCGCUCUUGAGAAAACUUGACUACCGUCAGUUUGGCCUCAAGAUGAUAGCCAACGUUACUUACGGGUAA